AUGGACAUCUUAGAUGAAUGCGAAUUCCAAACACAAGAUAGUGGAAGAAAAUUAAGGAAAAUACUAUCUCGUGCAGGAGCUACAAGAGCUUCAGCAAUUCCUUGCACUGCUACCCUUUCAGAUACCUUAACCAAAAAAAUGUCAACUCUUGAGAAAUGGGCACUAUCUAGGUACAGGGAAAAAGCAUCAAUGUCAGAUGAAAAUCGCAAUGCAGUUCUUGGGGUUGCUGUACUGACAGCAACCGCGACCUACCAAGCAGUGCUCAGCCCCCCAGGAGGAGUUUGGCAGGGUGAUCCUUCUCUACUACCUUCGAAGUUUGAUGACACCAACACUGGCGAUGCAAACAAUGGUGCUAUACAUCUUAUGGGAUCGCCUGUUAUGUUCUAUCUAUUUCCAUUAGUGUGGUCUUUAUUCUCUGCGUUGAAUACAACCACAUUUUUUUUUUCAAUAGAAAUCAUUUACAGUUUGCUCCCAAGGCGACCUUUAAUUGUUCUGCCACUUGUGAUACGUUUGUUUCUAUGCUAUGGUAUAUCAUGGUAUGUUGUGCAAUCAAAUGGGAUUAUUUUGUAUAGCUCAGUGGUUGCUGUUGCAGCGAUGUCAAUGUGCCUGUGGGGUUUAGUCAAACAGUUCCAAAAAGCAUGGAGUGGACUUGCACACUUGAUUGCUGAUAACCCCAAAAUUGAGAGACAGAAAAGCUAG